CUGCAAGUAUCUGUUGGUGCUACGAUUUCAUGGAUUUAAAGAAAUUUCGAUAUCGGAAGGCGUUAUCAGCGUUAUCUGGCGGCCGGCUGCGCGCACCGGAACCCUUGCGAUAAGCGGCCCGCAGAUCCCCGUCCCGAGGCGCCACGCAGCUCUGCCAGCACACGUCGCGGCUCUGCGCAUUCCUCGGCCCGGCCCGGCUGUCUGUGACGAUGACGGGCGCUCGGGCGCAGCUGGUCAGGUGACUGCCGGAUGGCGUCCUCUGCGGUCUUCUGCCUCAGCCUGCAGAUAAGAGUUGGCAGCGACGGUGUGGGCGAGCUGGUGGGCACGGGUGGGACCGAGGCGGGGGCGGCGGGCAGCGUGUUCUUGGUGAGCACGCGCCGCCCCCAGCCCGUGGCUGCGACCUCCGCCGCCAUUGCCGCCGUCACCGCUGUUCAGGCCCCGGGGGCCGUAGCAGCCGCCGCCCCUUCAACUCGUGCUAUCACGUCCGCCGCUGCCGCCGCCACGCAGGUCGACGCCGUUACAGAUGGAGAGGCCAUCAAACUGCCGGACAACUUGGAAAGCCUGCCGAAAGCUGACCACUUUCCCACGCAGAGGCAUCGGUGGAACACCAAUGAGGAAAUUGCCGCCAUACUCAUUAGCUUUGAUAGGCACAAUGAGUGGCAAAGCAAGGAGGUCAAGAUCAGACCGAAGAGCGGCUCGAUGCUGCUGUACUCGCGCAAGAAGGUGCGCUACCGGCGGGACGGCUACUGCUGGAAGAAGCGCAAGGACGGCAAGACGACGCGCGAGGAUCACAUGAAGCUCAAGGUGCAGGGCACCGAGUGUAUCUACGGCUGCUACGUGCACUCGGCCAUCCUGCCAACGUUCCACCGGCGCUGCUACUGGUUACUGCAAAAUCCUGAUAUAGUACUGGUGCAUUACCUAAACGUGCCCUAUCCUGAUGACAACAAGCUGGCAGUGAUAACUCCAAGCCUUGCAUUAUGGGGAGACAAGAAGGAGUGGACCAAGGAGGAACUGGUAUCACAACUGAAGCCCAUGUUUUUCAGCGAGGAUGAGCCAGACCUGAAUAAUGAACUUGAGAUAUCAACAGCUGAAACUGUGGAAGCCAUUGUGACGCAACUGAUGGAGAAGCAGCGUGUAGCUCGUGCAGCUGCUCUUAGCAAGCAACUCGAAUGUGGGUGCCCAGAUUCCACAUGUGCUGACAGUAAGACAUGUUCCCAUCCCAUGCGACGAAUUACUGCAGCAACAGCAGAAGUUGACAGCAGUAAUCAGGUGUCAUCAACAACUGGCACAGGAAGCCUACUGCUAUCUACAGGCUCCGGUUCUACAAAUGGCAGUCCUGCUCUAGGCAGUCAAACUCAGCAGCGAGUACAUCGUUCGUCUGCCUCUAAUGUCCAGCAGAAUUCAACAGCACCACCGCUUGUGCUCAGUUUAUCCCAGAUACAGGGAUGUUCUGCCGGUAGCCUACUCAUACUUAACAGCUCGUCAACCACUGGAAACUCAAAUAGUGGAGGUGGUACAGUGACAUUUUCCAGCAAAGAAAAGACAGUUGUUCUUAAACAGGAAGCAAUGGACACAAGUUCUUGCAGUCGUCUGCAGGAUGUGAGCAACAACAACAGUAGCAAAAUGGAUGUGACUAAUGGCAAUGCUCCUCCAACAUAUGACAAUAGUGCUUACCACAGACAGCUUCGGCAGCAUGAGAAGCGAUCAACAGGAGAGCAGCUUCCGCUCUUGCUUAGCAGUGCACCCCCAACACCAAGCAAGCAUAUGGACACUACUACCUCAGAAACAGAACUCACUAGCUACUGUAAUGCAGAUACUGUGCUUGUCAUAGGGACAGGGUCCUCAACCAAAAAUAAUGGAGUGGGUGAUUCCUCAGGGAUGGGAGAUUCUUCUGUUUCCCUUGGGUUUUUUAAUGAAACUCUUGAUUUGUCACAAGAGGACAUACAGAGGACAUUACAGGCUAACAUGCCCUGUGCUACUGGUGUCACUGUAGAUGAAUCCCAUGGACAGCACCAAGCAGAUGACGAUGAUGUGAUAGUAUCAGAAAUUAAUCCUAUGGAUUUUAUUGAUGGGUGCUGUGAUGUAGUAGUUUCACCAGAUGAAACACAGUCUGUAACGGGUACAGGUGUGGAUGAUGAUGUUUUUGUAAAUUUGGAUGCAUUUGAUAUGUUAGGUGAUUUUCCUGAACUUGAAAUUAUGGAACCAAGUGUUUCUGCAGAUGAGACGGUAACUGUACACAGUGGUGAUGUCAGUGUUGAUGACAAGGACUUGGUAACUGUGACUUCCGUUGAGUCACAGCAGGCUUCUCAUGAACCUGACAAGGAUAGAGGUCAGCCUUCACCUACCAUCGAGUUUCAUGACGGGACUGUCAACAUUACUGAUUAUUCCCCUGAGUGGGCAUAUCCUGAGGGAGGUGUGAAGGUGCUUGUAACCGGUCCUUGGUACUCAACUACAUCACCAUAUACUGUGCUAUUUGACACAUUCCCUGUGCCUACCACUCUGGUACAGAGUGGAGUACUGCGGUGUUAUUGCCCUGCACAUGAGGUAGGAUUAGUUACUUUGCAAGUAGCCUGUGAUGGUUUUGUCAUCUCAAAUUCUGUGAUGUUUGAAUACAAAGAGCCAAUAAGUGGUACCAGCCAAAUGGCAUGUGAAGAGCGUGAAUCUCGUGACAAGAAUGGCAAUGACAACCUUCUACGUUUCACCCUUCUGCAACGCUUAGAGGCAAUGGAUGGUCGACUGCAAAUCAAACAGGAGCCUGAGGGUUCUGAUCUGGUUGAAGGCUCAUCAAUGUUAAGCCAAAGCAAUUUUGAAGAUCGUCUGGUAAACUAUUGCCAAGAAAUGACUUCAAAGGCUUGGCAGUGUGGAGAGGAAGUGAGCCCCUCUUGGUUCUGCAGUCAUCGAGGCAUGACACUUUUACAUCUGGCAGCAUCCCUUGGUUACUCUAGGCUUGUUUGUGCAAUGUUGCACUGGAGAGAGGAGAAUUCGUCUCUUCUGUUGGAAACAGAAGUUGAUGCCCUUAGUCAGGAUGAAGAUGGAUAUACUCCCCUUAUGUGGGCUUGUGUACGAGGUCACCAUGAAACUGCAUUGCUGUUGUAUCGAUGGAACCAUACAGCACUAAAAGUUCGAAAUCAUGCUUCACAGACAGCUAUAGACUGUGCAAGAGAAUAUGGACAUGAUUCUCUGGCACAGGACCUAGAGCAGCAAGAGGCUUUACGUCUGCAAGAGAACCCUGGACCAGAUGACAUAUUUCUUCGACCAGAUAUUGUUACAAUAUUGGACUCUGAAAAAACUUCACUGAACAGUGAGCUCCAUGUAAACAUUCCACCCUCUACAAACAUAGAUUCAGAGAUGAGUACUCCAAAUAGUAAUGAGAACGGCAGUCAUAGCUCUGCUCAGAGUCCUGUUUGCUCAAGCUCAGGAAAUGGAGAAUCUAAUAGUAGUGGCACAGUUCAACAGAGGCUGACAAAGCGACCAUCAGUGGAUAGUGGCAUCAACUUGGGCCAUUCUUCAGAUAGCUUGUCAUCUUUACAGAGUCGAGGACCUGGUUCCAAAGCUUCCUCUUCAAGAGAAGUUUCAAGGUUGUCUAGGUUUGAUCGGAGCAUGUCUUUGCCAGUGAGCUCUCCAAUGAAUGGUGUUGAAACUCCAUACGACUCCAUCUCUACUGAUGGACAUGAUCCCCUAAUGAGUUCCCCUAUUAGACGAAUGGAUUUUGCCUUAUGCGAAGUGGCUACUGGAGCAAGAAGUGAAAGUCCAAUGAUUGACGAGGAGGGAGUAUCUGAUGAGGAUCUGGAAAAUAAGCAGAACAUUGUAGGGGAGCAGGAAGUGCGUGUUUUAACUUUAGCGGAACAAAUAAUUGCUGCAAUGCCUGAAAGAAUAAAGAAUGAGAGUGCAGAUGUAAUGUUGGACCAGGACAGUUCACGAAAUGACUCAUCAGCAGGAAAUAGUGAUACCUUACCAGAAGUCUUCAUGGAACCUCUUUUGAUUGAUGAAACAUCUUCAUCAUUUGAGCCUGUAGAAUUUAACUUUGAAUUCAGUGAUCACAAUUAUAGGUACUAUGAUGUGAGCACACCAGGCUCCUCCAUGAGCCCAGCCUCCUCCAGCUGUCUACAGUCUCCAUGCUCAUUCACACUUGAUUCGCCAUCUCCACCGCCAACUACAGCUGACUUCUGUGAAUUUUUUCAGGCAUCUGGAAAUGUUUUUGAGAAGGAUUUCUCAAACCUCACACUUUCAGAUAGGGAACAACGAGAACUGUACGAAGCAGCAAAAAUCAUUCAAAAGGCAUACCGUUCAUAUAAAGGCCGAAAGAAGUUGGAGGAACAGGAUAAAGAAAGAGCUGCUGCAGUACUUAUUCAAAACUACUAUCGUCGGUAUAAACAGUAUGCAUACUUCAAGCAGAUGACUCAUGCAGCAAUGGUGAUACAGAAUGGGUUUCGAUCAUAUUGCGAGCACAAGCGUUUUAAGAAAAGUCAGGAAGCUGCUGUUUGCAUACAAAACUACUACCGCAAUUACAGGGAGCAGGGGGGGAGAGGGAGCCGUGAGAGCACACCUAGUGCAACAAGCAGCAGCCUCAAGCGCACAUAUUCGCAGAGACGACAGCAUCAAGCAGCUCGGAAAAUUCAACAGUUCAUGAGACAAUCGAAAAACAAAUUGCAGAGAGAGCGAGCUUUGGCAGCCGAAAGAGAGAAGCUGGAGGGCCAGUCAGUGGAUGCCCUCCAAAAGUUGCCCUGUCCCGGCAGUAUGGGAUGCUCCACCAACGUUCCAAAUAGCAGUGGCCGUCCAGUGGCAUCUAGCCCCAGAAACACUAGUGUCCAUACCAAGGAUGCUGCUGGAAAAACGUGAUUAAAUCAUUAGAGCUCUGACAACAUCCAGAAACACCAGAAAUACAAUGGAACAAAAUAUUUAUCAUGCUGAUGAAAAAGUGUUGUAUAUAUUUAUCAAAGUGCUUGUGAAAUGAACUGACUGCACUGCGUACUUUUUUGUUACUCUGUUUUAGAGUAAGCUUAAUAGUACUUUUAAAGAAUUAAGGUACUGCAACAGUCAACUGUCAUAAUGAUGGGUGUGACUGCUUUAAACGAAACACAUCACAAGACUUGUAAAUAGAAAACUGUUUACAUGUACUCUGAAUAUAAGAGAAAGCUAUAAACAGAUAGCAAGCUAGUCAUGUUUCUUUUGCCAGUAUUGUGUUUCAAGUGCUGUGAACGAAUUUCGUAUCAGGUCAAGAAAGAAUACAUUAUUGCUGACAGUGCCACAUAGUAACCUACUGUCAGUGCAUCAAGUUAUGAGUACUGAAUGAACAUUUUAAACUUUGUGUACCUUGGAGUGCUAUGAAAGUAAAAGCAACCGAGCCAUGGCAGUUUUUGAUAUAUAACUAUGUUUACAUGCAGUUUCUGUUGUUCAUUGUUUGUGUUUUUAUCAGUAAAGAAAUGUAUUUUCAUGUUCUCAGGCUGUUUUGACAUAUUUGAAUAUGAUGUGGUGACUGGAUUAUGAAUGUAAUGGGACAGAGUAUUUGUUGGCUUUACAUAUUAUGAUGGAAUGGAUUAUUUUUCGUGUAUUUAUUGCCCCUUACUACCAAAAAAAAACUCAGAUUUUUGUUGGCAUAAUUUAACUAUAAAUUGUGUUAUUCAUUUAAUAAAUAUAACUAAAAGCUUGUAUUUUAAAUUACUAAAUAUUAUUGCUGUUUGUUUCCUGCUUCUGUUGCAGUGCACGAGAGCUAUCAUUACCGGUAUUCAUUUGUAUGCCUCUUGUAAAGUGCAUGAAAUGUAUAACUGGUAUUCAUUCGUAUGCCUCUUGUAAAGUGCAUGAAAUGGGCAGGUCCCACUGUUUUUUGACUAUUGAUAGUGAUCAGAUAGCAAACACUUCAAUUAAUCAUGUAUAUUUUGAUAUACUAUGGAAGUCACAUAAAUUUUGACUGCCAUACACAGUAAUUUAUGAGGUGUUGUUCAUAACCUGAGGCAUGGAAAUUUUAAAGAAAAUGAUUGGUGCAUUUGUUAUUAAUUAAUUUAAACUUCUAAUUAAGUAUGUUUUAUGUACAUACAGAUUAUUUUUGAGAAUAUAAUGAAGUGUGUGGCCCUCCUCUGAGCAUGUUGGUACUUGUUGGGCCGGAGUCUGUAAGCUUAGGAGUUGAAAAGUGAGAUUCACAGAGCUGUGAUGUAGAAUUCAGAUUUCUUUUCUAAAAUAUGCAACUAAGACAUGGCUUCACUUUUUAUAUAUUUUUAUGUAGUCAUACGUAUAGUAUAUCAAAUCACCUGUUUGUAAAUAAAUAAAUUGCACUCUAGAAGAAAAAAAUUAAA